AUGAUUUGUCUUCCUUCUCUAGGUAUCGUGAUGAGUUCAAGAACAUGCGGUUCAAUAUUCCUGGUUACAUUUUGUUGUUGCCUUCUAUUUCAUGUAGCUGAUUCAAGAACAGAUCCUCUAGAAGAAAAUGCUCUGAGGGAGAUCAAAAGGAGUCUAAUUGAUCCUAUGAGAAAUUUAAGUAACUGGGCAAAGGGUGACCCGUGCAAGUCACACUGGACUGGCAUAAUAUGCUUUGAGACCUCACAUGAUGAUGGCCACUUUCACGUCCAGGAGCUCCGAUUGAUGAGGCUAAAUUUAUCUGGAGAGCUGGCUCCUGAAGUUGGAGAGCUAACCUUUCUCGAAAUUCUUAAUGUGAUGUGGAACAACCUGACUGGUCAUGUUCCUUUGGAGAUAGGAAAAAUUACUUCCUUGAGACUCCUACUGUUGAAUGGGAACAAGUUCACGGGUAGUUUACCUCCUGAACUUGGUAAUCUUCAAAACCUGAACAGGCUUCAAGUAGAUGAGAACAGCAUAACAGGUUCAGUUCCAUCAUCAUUUGGAAACUUGAGAAGUAUAAAACAUCUUCACUUCAACAAUAACACGAUAACCGGAGAAAUUCCUGUUGAGCUAUCCAAACUGACCAACCUUGCCCACCUGAUAUUGGACAACAAUAACUUGACUGGGACAUUGCCGCUAGAGUUAGUUCAAUUACCAUCAUUGACCAUACUCCAGCUGGAUAACAACAACUUCGACGGUUCUGAGAUUCCAGAGGCUUAUGGAACGUUUCCUAGAUUAGUAAAAUUAAGCUUAAGGAACUGUGGACUGCAAGGAUCUAUUCCUGACUUGAGCAUGAUACAAAAUCUUAGCUAUCUAGAUCUAAGCUGGAACAAACUCACAGGAACUAUACCAGAAUCGAAGCUUUCUGACAAAAUGACAACAAUUGAACUUUCUAAUAACGACCUUACUGGUUCUAUACCACCAAGUUUCUCGGAGUUGGGCUCUCUUCAAUUACUUUCACUUGAGAACAACAGUUUAUCUGGUUCUGUCCCAGCAGAAAUUUGGCAGAACAAGUCUUUUGAGAACAAGAAGCUGCAAGUUGAUCUCAGAAACAAUAACUUCUCUGAUGCCACAGGAAACCUGAGAACACCGGACAAUGUUACCCUAUAUCUUCGUGGCAACCCAAUAUGCAAGAGUACAAGCAUUCCCAUCGUCAAACAGUUCUUCCAAUACAUCUGCGGAGAAAAAAUACAAACAACUACAGACUCAAAUACACCCUGCAGUAAUGUGUCAUGUCCCUUUGAGAAUGUCCAAGUUUCCCCAGGGAUCUGUUUUUGUACAGCACCUCUUUCCAUAGAUUAUAGGCUAAAGAGCCCUAGCUUCUAUUUCUUCACUCCAUAUAUUAAACACCAAUUUAUUCAGUAUAUAACCUCGUCCCUCGAGUUGGAAACUCAUCAGCUAGCAAUCGAUAGAUUUGUUGAUGAGAACAAGGUGCGUCUAAGGAUGUACUUGAAGCUAGUUCCAAAAGGCAAAAUGAAAUUCAACAAGGAUGAAGUCAUACGUAUCAGAAACAGGUUUAUGUCAUGGAGUUUUAAUAAAACUGACUUUUUUGGACCUUAUGAGCUGUUGGACUUCCCUCUAAAAGGACCAUAUGGUGAUAUGUUUGCUCAAACGAGUGGAUUUAGCGAGGUUGUAUGGGUGAUGAUAGUAUUAGGCUCUGUCAUCGCUGCCACUGUCUUAUCAGUGAGUGCAACACUUCUGUAUGUUAGGAAACGUCGUGAGAAAACCCAUACAUUCACCAAAAAACGUGUUUUCAGGGAGAUAUCUCGGGAAAUCGAAGGGGUGAAGAAGUUUAGUUUUGUAGAACUCUCGGAUGCUACUAAUGGUUUUGAUAGCUCCACAUUGAUCGGUAGAGGUAGCUAUGGAAAGGUCUACAAAGGCAUUUUGCCAAAUAAAACUGAAGUUGCCAUCAAACGAGGAGAAGAAACUUCUCUGCAAAGCGAGAAAGAGUUUCUGAAUGAGAUCGAUUUGCUUUCAAGGUUACAUCACAGGAAUCUUGUGUCGCUGCUUGGCUACAGUAGUGACAUUGGGGAACAGAUGCUGGUAUAUGAGUAUAUGCCUAAUGGCAAUGUCCGUGAUUGGCUUUCAGCUAAUGCUAUGGACACAUUGAGCUUUAGCAUGAGAUCACAUGUGGCUUUGGGUUCAGCUAAAGGGAUUCUUUACCUUCACACUGAAGCAAAUCCGCCUGUUAUCCACCGCGAUAUCAAAACCAGCAAUAUACUCUUGGAUUGCCAGCUGCAUGCCAAAGUUGCUGAUUUUGGAUUGUCACGCUUGGCUCCUGCUUUUGGGGAGGGAGAUGUUGAGCCCGCCCAUGUAUCCACAGUAGUGAGAGGAACACCGGGAUACCUGGAUCCAGAGUACUUCAUGACUCAGCAAUUGACGGUGAAGAGCGAUGUUUACAGCUUUGGAGUAGUCUUGCUUGAGCUUUUAACUGGAAUGCACCCAUUCUUUGAGGGUACACAUAUUAUCCGCGAGGCGAGGAUGGCAUAUGAAUGUGGAACGGUUCUGUCAGUGGCGGAUAGUCGGAUGGGACAAUAUUCGCCCGACAAAGUGAAGAAGUUGGCGGAAUUGGCGUUAUGGUGUUGUGAGGAUAGACCAGAGACGAGACCGCCAAUGUCAAAAGUGGUGAAGGAACUUGAAGGUAUUUGCCAAUCUGUGCUUGAACCUGAUAUGUUUUCAGAAACAACGAAAUUGCUCUGCACCAAAACAUCGCCAUCAUCUUCUACUUCUGUACCCUCCCCAUUGUCUUUACUUCCUGGCAGUGACUUAGACAGCGGCUUUUUCCACACAGUAAAACCUCGUUGACAGAUCUUUGUGUGAGAUAGGCUAACUUCAAAAUGAGAGUUGUAUUAUUAUGUUUAGGAGAUAUUAUGAAACAACUUCUGUUGUAUUUACUCUAACCAGAGAUAAAAAUU